AUGGGUGAAAGCUACGGUCAAGGAAGCUUGAGCUUGAGCUUCGUGACUACUGGAACGAGAUCGUGCGAUUCGUCUAUCUCCAACAACGACUCGUCUCGGAAGAGAUCUGAGGGUGACAUCAUGAAUUUCAAGAUUGCCAAAAAACUUCGCACAAAAGUGAUUUGGAGCUCAGCUGAUUUGAAGCCGACAAAGAAUCCAGAGUUUGAUGCUCUCUCUAGCGACUCCAAAGAGGAAUCGUGUUUGUCUACCGGUUCAAGUGAGAUCUCAAGCACAGAAAGCAGAAUCAAAAUUACAAGUCAUGAGAAGCCAUACAGAGAAUCAAAGAAGAAAGAAAGUCACAGGUCGAGUUCCGUUCGCCGUAGGGCAGUAAAGAUCAUGGAGUUUCUCUCCACCAGCUGCUCCUCUGAAGUUAAGAUCCGUCAGGUGCUGGGAGAUAGUGCAGAUACUAGCAAAGCUCUCAGAAUGCUGUUGAAGAUGGGUUAUGUGAAGAGGUCUGGCGCAGGAGGAAAGCAUGAGCCCUUUAUUUACAAGAUUGAUUGCAUGACAAACUAA